AUGCCUCGAGGUACCGAGGCCAAUGGAGAUACUGCAGGAGAUGAGGACUCCAGCAAUCAUAGUCGAUCACACUUCCAGUUGCCAUCGCUGCCUUCUUGGAGGACACCUAAAGUUGAAGCCGGCCAAUACAAUCACAGCGGUAAAAACAAUUACACAACUCCAUUGAGGAGACCCAGCUCCCUUCUAGUGUACCAUUCGCACCAGAACCAGAACUUGCAUGAGGAUCUCGAACAACCGGAAUUGAAGGAUGGCCUCUUGGAUAUCCUAAGCGCCAGGUAUAGCAGCGAAACAGAAUACGAUUACCAGCCGUUGUCACGAAAGCCGUUGCUGGCAGAAAGCAAGAUACGUGGAUUUUUGCAAUCUGAGAGGGCAGCCCAUUGUCUGAUCUUCCACAAGGAAGGACACGCUGAGGAUACGGAGAGCUACAGGCCUGACAUUGACUGGGAGUGCGGCGAGGUUGAUCCAGACCAAGAAACUGGCGAAGCAGGCCCUCUGCUACAGAGCGUACCAGGCUGCAACGAGGACGAGUUGAGCCUCCUGCUCAACAGGAACUUCAUGUCACAAAGGCCCAACGUGAGAAAGUACGACGAGAUCCUCAGCAGGAAAGUCAAUGGGUUGAAGCGUUUCUGGGGCGACUCAGACCUCACUACUACAUUAAGCCGCAAGCAUAUCCAUGAACAAUACCGUCAUUUGACCGACGAAUGGACGAUGAUUAGCCUGACAAAACUGCGGCUUAAAAGCCUUCACAGCGAGUCACUGAGAACUCCGGAGGACGCUACUUUCAGCCAGAGGCCAGAGGACUACAAUACGUAG